AUGGCCAGAUACACUCCCAUCCUCGCCACCUCCGGUGUGAUUACCAUACUCCUCACGCGUCUCCUGCCGCACCUCCUCUUCGUCGGACCAGUAACGACUUUUAUAUGCCUUGUCUCAACCCUCUCCCUCGCGCGAGCAUUCUACUACAUCAUCAUAUGGCCGCGCUUCGUCUCGCCGCUCCGGCAUCUCCCCGGCCCUGAGAGGGAAAGCUACUUCAUGGGCCAUGGCAACUCAAUCAUAAACAUGCCCAUCGGCGAACCGCACAAAGCCUUCCUCAAGAUCCCCAAUGACGGGCUCAUCCGCUACCAUACAUUAUGGAACCGUGAGCACAUCAUGCCGACGAAUGCGCGGGUGCUCCAGCAGGCUCUGACGACCGACAUCGACAUCUGGGUCAAGCCACCGCAGAUGCGGCUGGGUCUCGGACGGAUCCUUGGCAGUCGCAGUGUGCUGUUCGCAGAGGGCGAGGAGCACAAGGCGCACCGCCGCAUCAUGAACCCCGCCUUCUCGCGCAAGCAGAUCAAGAAUCUCGUCCCAGUGUUCUGGGAGAAGGCGGUGUAUCUGGGCGACAAGGUCGCCUCGGAGGCUCCGAAGCAGGAGAAUGCUGGCUGGCUGGAUAUGGCGCUGUGGGCUUCGCUCGGCACGCUGGACAUCAUCGGUGCCGCCGGCCUGGGCUACGACUUCCGUGCGAUGGAAACAGGCGGCAACGGCAGCGAGAUCGCGAGAGCCUACAACGUGAUAUUCACCCAGCGCCGGGGCAGAAAAGUCAUGCAGCUCCUCAUGACCAUCUUUCCAAACUGGCUGUUGAAAAACAUCCCCAUCAAGCGAAACAUCGAGAUGCGCGCCGCCCAUGCCUCGAUCGUUUCCGCCUGCCACGAACUGAUCCGCACCAAGCGCCAGGAACUCAAGUCCCAAACCGCCGGCGACGAAAAGGACAUUCUCUCGGUGAUGAUCAACUCGUCGUACUGGGACGCCCCCUCCACGGGCGGCGACGACGGCAUCCAAGAGCAGCUGAUGACGUUCCUUGCCGCGGGCCACGAAACCACGUCUACACUGGUGCAAUGGGCGCUCCACCUUCUCACCCUGCACCCGCAAUACCAAACCCUCCUGCGCACCGAACUCCGUAACAAAUUCCCCACCUGCCCCUCGCCCGCGCACAUGACCUACGAAAUCCUCGACUCCCUCCCACUCCUCCGGAACUUCACGCAGGAAGUAAUCCGCUUCUACCCGCCGGUGGCGCUGACGAUGCGCGAAGCCGCGCGGGCGACCACGCUCGACGGCCACCCCAUCCCCGCAGGCACCACGCUCGUCAUCGUCCCCUGGGCCCUCCAGAAGGACCCUAAAGUCUGGGGCCCGGAUGCGGACGAGUUCCGCCCUGAGAGAUGGGAGGGCCGCACGCUGGAUAGUAACUAUGACAUCCUUACGUUCCUGGCGGGGCCACGCAUCUGCAUUGGAAAGGACUUUGCGAGAAUGGAGUUUAUGGCUAUCAUGGCGGUCCUCAUGGCGAGGUUUACGUUUGAGAGCACUGGGAGGGAGAUCGAGAUCCAGGGUGGCAUCACGAGUAGGCCAAAGGGUGGGCUGAAACUUAAGGUUACGGAGAUUAUUCCCGAGUCUCACGCUCCGCAGACCGCGGAAGCCUCGGCGGGGCAAUAG